AAUGCUUAACAGAUAAUACUUCACUUGCUCUUACUUUUUUUCUUUCUUUUAUUAUUAUAUUUGAAGGAAUAGAAUAAGUGAAUAACACUACUGCUCUUUAGACCAAUGCAUGAUUGAUGGAAUUUUCUUUUUCAAUCAUCUUUUGCAUUUAUCUAGAAAGAGGCUAAUGGAGGGGUGCCUCAUGGCUUUUUUUUAUUUAUUUAUUAUAUAUUCUUUGCCUUUGCUUUCUUUGUUGAACCAUCAGCAGGCAUGCUGGUUUUCUUUCAAGUCUUUUUUUUUACCAUUGGCUCUGACUCAACAAGUCUGACACAAGGGUGGGAGUGAGUGCAAUUUCUGGGUUCAAAGCAGGUGGGAAAUGGAAUAAGUAAUAAGUUUCUGGUGAUCCUUCAAAACCCAAUGGAGAGAAGUGGGGAUGUGGCUCUCUUUUGUUUAGCUUUGUUCUUCUUGUGGACUUCAGUGGCUGCUUUGCUUUCUCCUAAAGGUGUCAACUAUGAAGUUCAAGCUCUUAUGAGCAUUAAGAACUCUCUGGUGGAUCCUCAUUCUGUCUUAAAUAACUGGGAUACUGAUGCUGUGGAUCCUUGCAACUGGGCCAUGGUCACUUGCUCUUCUGAUCAUUUUGUGAUUGCCCUUGGGAUUCCAAGCCAAAGUAUAUCUGGCACUCUCUCACCAAGCAUAGGAAACUUAACAAACCUCCAGACUGUGCUUCUGCAGGAUAAUAAUAUAACAGGACCAAUCCCUUUUGAGAUUGGAAGGCUCCAAAAGCUUCAAACUCUCGAUCUUUCUGACAAUUUCUUCACUGGUCAACUUCCAGAUACUCUUUCCUACAUGAAGGGUCUCCACUAUUUGCGGCUAAACAAUAACAGUCUCACUGGACCAAUUCCUUCCUCUUUGGCUAACAUGACUCAGCUUGCCUUUCUGGAUAUCUCUUACAAUAACUUGAGUGAACCUGUACCAAGAAUAAAUGCAAAAACAUUCAAUAUUAUAGGCAAUCCUCAGAUAUGUGCCACUGGAGUUGAGAAGAACUGCUUCAGAACAACUUCAAUUCCUUCUGCUCCAAAUAAUUCUCAAGAUUCACAAUCCACCAAAAGACCAAAGAGUCACAAAUUUGCCUUGGCAUUUGCUUCAAGCUUAAGCUGCAUAUGCUUACUAAUUCUGGGACUUGGUUUCCUCAUCUGGUGGAGACAAAGAUAUAACAAGCAAAUAUUCUUUGAUGUUAAUGAACAACACCGCGAAGAGGUUUGUCUUGGAAACCUCAAGAAGUUCCACUUCAGAGAACUUCAGCUUGCUACAAAUAACUUCAGCAGCAAGAACUUGAUUGGCAAAGGUGGUUUUGGAAAUGUCUACAAAGGUUAUGUCCAAGAUGGUACAGUUAUAGCAGUAAAAAGGCUUAAAGAUGGUAAUGCCAUUGGAGGUGAGAUCCAAUUCCAGACUGAAGUUGAGAUGAUCAGCUUAGCCGUCCAUCGGAAUCUUCUUCGCCUGUAUGGGUUCUGCAUGACAGCUACAGAGAGGCUCUUGGUUUAUCCCUACAUGUCAAAUGGCAGUGUUGCUUCCCGUCUAAAAGCCAAGCCAGCUUUGGACUGGGCUACAAGGAAGAGAAUAGCUUUAGGAGCUGGAAGAGGCUUGCUAUAUUUGCAUGAACAGUGUGACCCAAAGAUUAUUCACAGGGAUGUGAAGGCAGCAAAUAUCUUGCUUGAUGAUUAUUGUGAGGCUGUGGUGGGAGAUUUUGGGUUGGCAAAGCUGUUGGACCACAGGGAUUCUCAUGUGACAACAGCAGUGAGAGGCACUGUGGGGCACAUAGCCCCUGAGUAUCUCUCUACAGGCCAAUCUUCUGAGAAAACAGAUGUGUUUGGGUUUGGCAUUCUUCUUCUUGAGCUUAUAUCAGGCCAAAGAGCACUUGAGUUUGGGAAAGCAGCAAACCAGAAAGGAGCCAUGCUAGACUGGGUGAAGAAAAUCCAUCAAGAGAAGAAAAUUGACUUGUUGGUUGACAAGGACCUGAAAAACAACUAUGAUAGGAUUGAGCUUGAUGAAAUAGUUCAAGUGGCUCUUUUAUGUACUCAAUACCUUCCAAGCCACAGACCAAAGAUGUCUGAAGUGGUUAGAAUGCUUGAAGGAGAUGGUCUUGCAGAGAAAUGGGAGGCCUCACAGAGUGCUGAAUCCACAAGAAGUAGAGGCAAUGAACUCUCAUCUUCGGAGCGCUACUCCGAUCUCACUGAUGACUCUUCAUUACUUGCCCAAGCAAUGGAACUUUCUGGACCAAGAUAAUUCACAAAGUCACAGUGACAUUAAAGUUGGUGAAGAGUGAAAGAAAGUGAAAGUUUCUUCAAAUGCAAGUUCCUGAGUUGCAGAGAACUUGAUGUAACAUUAGUAGCAUCUCAAAGAGUGAUGCUAGUUUCUGACUGUACAUAAUCUGAUUGGAGACAUUGACGUAUAGAUUGAGUGUUAUAUGUUGUUCUUAAUAGAUGGAGGCGAAGAUUUUUGUGGGAAAUGUCCUUCUGGCUCCUUCAACAUGUUUGAAGAAUAACGUUCAUAUAAAUAGGUUGUACUUAAACUGUCAAUAAUAGUAUGUUGGGAUUUGAGUGUUUUCACCUA